AAUUUUUGCACUAUAGUGUGAUUCCCUAGCGGGACCCGCUGACCGGCUAAAGUGGGCCCGACACAAGGCUCACCGCGCACCUACAUCUUCUCAAUAAUAAAAUAUUCCCCUCUCUCUUUCUCUUCUCUCUCCUCUUCGCUUUGGGAACUCCAGGCGCACCUCCGACAACACAAAGCAGGAGUUCAACGCAGAAUCAAACCAAAACCCUACCUUGUUUCCUCCGUAUUGGUGGUUACAAUGUCGACUCCGGCUAGAAAGAGGUUGAUGAGAGAUUUCAAGAGGUUGCAGCAGGACCCUCCUGCUGGUAUUAGUGGUGCACCUCAAGACAACAACAUUAUGCUUUGGAAUGCCGUGAUAUUUGGUCCUGAUGACACUCCUUGGGAUGGUGGUACGUUCAAGCUGACACUUCAAUUCUCUGAGGAUUACCCCAAUAAGCCACCAACAGUGCGGUUUGUUUCUCGCAUGUUUCAUCCUAACAUUUAUGCAGAUGGAAGUAUAUGUUUGGAUAUUCUUCAAAAUCAAUGGAGUCCAAUAUAUGAUGUUGCAGCUAUACUUACAUCCAUUCAGUCAUUGCUGUGUGAUCCAAACCCCAAUUCACCUGCAAAUUCGGAAGCAGCUCGGAUGUUCAGUGAGAAUAAAAGGGAUUACAACCGCAGAGUUAGAGAAGUUGUGGAGCAGAGCUGGACUGCCGACUGAUUCCAAGGAAGAAAGAUGUCAUUGCUGACCGCAAAUCAGGAGCACCAGGGCUCAUCUAUGUUACAUUUACGGAUUGAAACCUCUUCUUUGAAAUUUUAUUGGAACACAUUUGUUUUGGCCCUAGUAUUCUGGCUUGGUGCUGUUUGCCUUAUCGUUUGCUGCAUUGCAUUGACAAGCUCCUGUAAAAUAUGAAUGUUCGUUUUGGUUUAAAAAUGCAAGUAACUUUCUGUAUGAAGGGAAUUGGUUUUCAUAUCUUA